AUGUUCAAGAAAGACCCUGUGGAACGGACGCUCAAACUGGCAGAGCUCUAUUGGUUAGCGAAGUCACCGUGGUUCCCGCUCUUCUCUGAACGCGGCGUAGCGCAAAUAUUCCCGGAGCUCGCGGGUUUUUUGGAGAAGCAGUUUGUAACGGAACCAGCAGAGCCAACAGAGCCCACUAUUGUGCCCAGCCUUGCACCCCUCAAUGCCACACGAGUGUUGCAACUCCGCGCGAACCGUGAAAGGCGCGAAGCGAAAGAACUGGCCGCUCGCGAGAGCACAAAAGAGCCAGCCUCACGCGAAAGCCCAAAGGGUUCAGAUGCCGCAAAUGAGAACCCUGGCACCGUGAUUGAAACGCCUAACGCUGCGUGCGAACUGGUGCGCGAAGUGCAACUCCCCGGCGAGCCCUAUCUCAAAAAGCGUAAGCUCGCCGAACUGCUCACAGACCCUGAAUUCCUCGACCCGCACAUAUUGGACACGCACACGCGCGAAAACACACUCGUGUGCGUGUCGCGUGACCACGUUCCGCACCAGUUCGCGCCUCGCGAUGACAUCUCGCCGUUGGCCGAGUUGUAUUACUUGACACAGACUUUGCCGCUCCUCAAGCUCAUACCGGGGUCGCAGAAGGCCUUAACGACCGAGACCUAUGAGAAGGCGCUUCUCGAGGGCAAAAUUGCGGUCGUGUACUCACGCAUCGAGGAACUCAAACGUAUGAUGCGUUGGAGCUUGCGGCAGCCGGAAAAGUUCCGCGACCCACUCGCGCGCGACGCCACGCGCGACACCCACUGGGCGGCCUUGAUGCGCGAGGCCCUGUGGUUGGCCGUCGACGUGCACGAGCAACGCAAAAUGCAGCUAGCCGUCUGCCACAUGAAGGCCCAGGCCGUCAUGGACUACUGGAGCUACGGACGCAUCAUGUGUGUACGGCGGAGUCCUAUUAAGCACUUACCAGAAAGCAAGGAUACGGUUAGUCCUGAGAUCGAUUCAGAGAUGGUUGACGCUGACAAAAUUGCUGUAAUAGCUGAAACUCCUGAGACUGAGAUUGACUCUGGAAUCGACGUUUUCCUUCUUACGCGCCCGGACCCUAUGCUGGAUAUAGUCCCACCAGUGCUCCCAGAAAUCACCCGUGAGGAUUUCCAGCGGCUUGACACCACCGUGCUCCCUUUCAAAGUGUCCGUGGGCUUUGACGAGCUCAAUGGUGUGAGCCAGAAAAUCGUUGACAGCUUGUCCACCUUCAAUCCGUUCGAUGCGCGCGGUGAUGAUGCAUACGCGCGCAUGCCGGUCGUGGCGAUCUCAAAGCUCCUCUCGCCGCUCGAGGAGGCGGACGACGGCUGGUAUAAGGUGUACAUGCAAGAGACACGCGCGCCACGUGCGGCCGCCGCGCGCGGCCCGCAGAAGGGCCUUUUUGGGGUCUCCAACAAACGUGCGCUGGUACUCCGGCCGCCGAAGCCACCCGCGCUCAAGUACCUCGACUUGCGCACACCCACAAUCUGGCUUCCGCAGGACGACAAGUACCUCAUCCACUACGUGGCGGAGUACCAGUUCAACUGGGGCAUUAUCGCUGCAAACCUCGCUGCACGCGCAACGCAUAGCUACGCAGCGAAUAUCGAACGACGCACUCCCUGGCAGUGCUUCGAGCGCUACAUUCAGCUCAACGACAAGUUUCAGUUUGGUGACAUGAAGGGCGUGCACGCGUUUUCGGCCCAACGGUGGUUGGAGGCGGCCCACAAGGCGCAGACUAACACGAAGCGGCGUAUUUCACCGUUGGGCGUGGGGAAUGAGUCUAUCCAGCGCGGGCACCGCCGCUUGCGCUGGGCAAGUAUGUUUGAGGCGAUGCGUAAGUGCAUGCGCAAGCGCGAAAACACACCGAAACCAAAUAACACGAGUCGCAAAUUGGGCGGGGAUGAUAAGAAUAAUGGCCCGGUUCCUACACCUGCGGAGCUCGCGAAGUUGAAGUACGAGCGUGAUAAAGCUAUCCAGGAGGCGUAUUUACAACAGCAAAGCCUCCGUAACCCGCCAGUCGCACAAGCUCCUGCCGUGCAGGUGCCCGUUACACGCGUAGCAGUACCCGCACCGCGAGCUACGCCGCUUCCCGUCGCGCGGCCGCCGGCCAAGCUUCCAUCGGGGCGUAACCCGAACGUUCCCACCACACCCAAUGGCACGCCUUACACCGCAGAGCAGUUGCAGUACCUCAUGCGCUACCAGAAACAGCGCAAGUUGCUUGCACAGCAAGGUGCGCGCGUGCCCGCGGCCAAUUCGAAUGUCCCAGCGGUUCCCAAUGCGAUCCCUAAUGCGGUUCCCAAUGCAAAUUCCCCAGUUGGAAACUCCUCGAAUGUGAAUUCGCCAGUCAUAAAACCGGCGGCGGUACCGGUCGCCAGUCCUGUGGCGGGUGUGGCAAAUGUUGCGGGCACACGAGUGGCACCUCCGCCGCGGCUUAAUCUCUCAACAGCACAAGUCUCUGCGAUAGUCAGCCAGAUCCAGCAGCAAAACCCGAAUAUGUCGAAUGACCAGAUCCGCAAGCUCGCGGCGCAGUACAUUUCGCAAAUCAACAACAAUCGCAUGAAGGCGUACGCCGCGAGCCAGGCGAACCAGCCAUCGCAGCAACUUCAGCAGCAACAAUUGCUCCAACUGCAGCAGCUUCAGCAACAGCAGUUGAUCCAGCAGCAACAGCAGCUCCAGAACCAAUCACAGAAACUCCUGAUGCAGCAGCGCCAGCAACAGCAACAGCAGCUCAAGCCCGCGCAGCAAGCCGCCUACGAGCAGCGCAAGAAGAUGAUCUUCCAAAAGCAGCAGCAGGUACAACAGGCGGCCGCGGCGAUUGCGAAGCUGCGCCAGGGCUCGGGGGCGUCGAGUCCGGCGUAUUCGCCAGCACCGAAGGAGUAA